AUUGGCUGCUGGCAGGGCGGUGGUUUGGAGCGAGGGUAGCACGUUGAACUGAAAGCCACUCGGUCCAGUACAAGGCCUGCAGUCCGGUGGGAAUCUGGGGGCCUGCAGGCCAGUGUCCGGUGGGAAUCCGGGGGCCUGGACAGGUGUGGGUCCUUAGGGGAUGGAUCGCGUGUGGAGUGCGUGGUGCGGGAAGUGCGUCAAAGAGAAAGGGUCGUCACCACUUUGGGCCCAGCGCAUCGUGGUCGCCUGGCUCAGUAGGGCCGAGUGGGAUCAGGUGAUGGUAUAUCUGUUCUGUGACGACCAUAAAUUGCAGCGGUACGCCCUGAACCGCAUCACCGUGUGGAGAAGCAGGUUAGGCAACGAACUCCCCCUGGCAGUGGCUUCUACUGCUGACCUGGUACGCUGUAAGCUCAUGGAUGUAACUGGUGGCUUGGGCACUGAUGAACUUAGACUGCUCUAUGGCAUGGCGUUGGUCAGGUUUGUGAAUCUCAUUUCCGAGAGGAAGACAAAGUUUGUCAAGCUCCCUCUCAAGUUCCUGGCUCAGGAGGUAAACAUUCCGGAUUGGAUUGUUGAACUUCGCCAUGAGUUGACUCAUAAGAAAAUGCCCCAUAUAAAUGACUGCCGCAGAGGCUGUUAUUUUGUUCUGAAUUGGCUCCAGAAGACAUACUGGUGCCGCCAACUGGAGAAUAGCCUGAGAGAAACCUGGGAGUUGGAGGAGGAUAGGGAAGAGACAGAUGAAGAAGACCAAGAGGAAGAUAAAAACAUUGUUGUUGAUGACAUCACAGAACAGAGAACAGAGCCUAAGGAUAAGGGGAAAGGUGCAGAACUGGAAGUCAGGGUUGAUGGAAACAGUGAAAGCAACAAAGAGGUUGAUUCACAUUGGGAAAAGGCUCUGAGACAUAAAGAGCUAUAUGAAAGAGCCCGAGAACUGCUGGUAUUAUACGAAGAGGAGCAGUUUAAGGUGCUUGAGAAAUUUAGGUAUUUACCUCAGGCUGUUAAGGCAUGGAACAACCUGUCUCCACCUGUAGAAUGCAUCCUGGCAGAGCUCAAGGGCAUUACAUGUGAGAACAGGGAGGCUGUGUUGGAUGCUUUUCUGGAUGAUGGCUUUCUUAUCCCCACAUUUGAACAGUUGGCAGCUUUGCAGAUAGACUAUGAAGAUGGGCAGACUGAGGUCCAGAGAGGGGAAGGUACUGACCCAAAGUUACACAAGAACAUGGACUUGAGUGACAUCCUGGUGCCAAAGCCGUUUUCUCAAUUCUGGCAGCCCCUGCUCAGGGGUCUGCAUUCCCAGACCUUCACGCAGGCCCUGCUAGAGAGGAUGUUCUCCGAGCUGCCAACCUUGGGGGACAGUGGGAUCCGGCCCACCUACAUCCUCAGAUGGACCAUUGAACUGAUUGUGGCUAACACCAAGACUGGACGGAAUGCCCGCCGAUUUUCUGCAAGCCAGUGGGAAGCAAGAAGGAGCUGGAGGCUAUUCAACUGCUCUGCCUCCCUUGACUGGCCCCGGGUGGUUGAGUCCUGCUUGGGCUCACCUUGCUGGGCUAGCUCCCAACUCCUUCAGCUUGUCUUCAAAGCCAUGGGACAGGUCCUUCCAGAUGAGGAGCAGGAGAAGCUGCUGCGCAUCUGUUCCAUUUACACCCAGAGUGGAGAAAACAGCCUAGUACAGGAGGGCUCAGAGGCCUCCCCCAUUGGGAAGUCUCCAUAUACACUGGACAGCCUGUAUUGGAGCUUCAAACCAGCUGGUUCCAGCUUUGGAUCUGAAGAACCCCAGCAGCAGGAGGAGCAGGGCAGCCUUAAUGAUCUCCAGAAAAAUGAAGAGGAGAAAGAGGUAUUGGAAAAUCAGGUGGAGGAGGAGGAAGAGGAAAACGAUGACCAGAAGUGGGAUGAGGAGGAGGAUGAAGAUGAUGAUGAUGAAGAGGAGGAGGAGGAGAGAAUGGAGGUGGAGCCUUUCUCUACUGAGGAGUCUUCCACUGCUGAGAAUUCCAGGCUCCUGGCCCAGAAAACAGGAGCUUUACAGGGCUCUGCAUGGCAAAUUAGCUCUGAAGAUGUACGAUGGGAUACCUUUCCCUUAGGCCUAAUGCCAGGUCAGACUGAGGACCCAGCAGAGCUUAUGCUGGAAAAUUAUGACACCAUGUAUCUUUUGGACCAGCCUGUGCUAGAGCAGCGGCUGGAACCCCCAACAUGCAAGACUGGCACCCUUGGCUUGAGCUGUGGCAUGGGCAGUGACAACUGCAGCAACAGUAGCAACGGCAGCAGCAACUUGGAGGGCCUUCUCUGGAGCCAGGGCCAGCUGCAUGGACUCAAAACUGGCCUACAGCUCUUCUGAUACCCAUUCUGGUGCAAAGUGUUUAUUCAGUCCUGCUGGCGCAACAACCCAUUCAUUCCCUGCCCCUUUUGUCCCUCACUCCUGCCCUUCUUGUCCCCUUGCUCUUCCCCCAGUGCACUUGAUGCUCCAUGAAACAACCUGGAAGACAGUCCAUAUCAGCCGUAUCAGCUCAACUUUCCAUCAGAGUGGAAUUUUGACUUUUUUUUUUUUUAAUUUUGUUUUGAAAAACAAUAAAAAAUAAACAGUUUUGAUAUUUGUUAGAUGA